AUGGCCAUCCAACUCAAGCUGCUAGUCCCAUGUCUUUGUAUCAUUCUCCUUCCAUCGAUCAUCUUCUUCUCCCACGCGAAGGAGGGGUCGUGCCCAGGCUCCGAGCAGGAGCGGAGUAACUACAUCAUGAAGGACUCGGAUGGCGUCCUUCUGGUCGGCGAAGACUCCGGCCUUGUACAGAUGCCCCUCGACAAGCUACCCGACGCCAACGCGAACAGCACUCGCGUGUUGUCCACCAUCAAUCCCAUGGUAGAACUCUGUCGAAGGCGCCCCGACGGGUUGGGGGUCGACGAGUCGUCGUUCAACGUCACCAUCUUCAUGCGGAACCAGACGACACCGGAGGGAAACAGUAUUUUCUCCUUACUCAUCCUCCAUGACGACGCCCUUGAUUUUCAACAGGUAAACGACUCCUUGCCCUUGGCGAAGCAACUGCUGUCGGUGAGCAGUAUUGGCUACGCACUCAACCUCUCCAACCUUACGUACCGGUCCGGUUCUGUCUCCGAUAGAGAUGUCUACGCGGCGAUCGGAAUGCUGCAGGCUAACUCCGUGGGCGUGGACAUCAUCAUCUACCCAGCUGCCUCCAACUAUUCUGUGUGGAUCGACUACCACCGUGACGGACGGCUCUCGGUGUACGUAGAUGUGGACGGCAAGCCCAAGCCUGCAAGCGCCGUUGCCGAGGCGCAAUUCGAGAUCGGCAGCGUCGUCUCCCCGACGUCCCCGUUCGUCCAUUUCGGCCUCCUCUCGACGCUGGAGCAGCGACUUAGAGGCGUCCACUUCAGCGCCACCGUCGACAGCCUCCCUGACUACCCUGUUAAAGGAGGCUUCCUGACAAAGAGGGUGACGCUACUGUCUUCCAUCCUCGGUUCUGUAGCCACUGCCGCCAUGGUGGCUGUCUCCGUCAUGUGCUACUUCAACUCGAGGUAUCGAAGGUGGCACAAGGAGCUCAACCAGCUCGCCAAGUCCAUGGAGCGCCUCCCCGGGAUGCCCACCAAGGUGGAAUUCGCCGACAUCAACAAGGCUACCAGCAACUUCCACGACAGCAUGAAGCUGGGGGGCGGCGGCUUCGGGACCGUGUACAGGUGCACGCUCCCUGCCGCCGCUUCCAAAACGGAGUGGCCCAUGGACGUCGCCGUCAAGAGGUUCACCCGGGAAGUGCAGAACCGCCGCUACGGGGACUUCCUUGCCGAAGUCAGCAUCAUCAACCGCUUACGCCACAAGAACAUCGUCCCACUCGUUGGGUGGUCUUACAACAAAGGAGAGCCGCUGCUUAUUUUCGAGUACAUGACCAAUGGGAGCUUGGACCAGCAUCUCUUCCCCGAUGGCAGUCGCAACGGCGGAAGCAGCAACGGGCGGCGACGCACUGGCGCAGCAAUCCGUCGAUGGGCCACUCGGUACGAGAUCGUCAGGGACAUAGCUAUCGGCUUGCACUACGUCCACCACGAGUACGAGCCGAUGGUGCUCCACCGCGACAUCAAGGCAAGCAACGUGAUGCUAGACUCGAGCUUCCGCGCCCGUCUGGGUGACUUCGGCCUGGCCUGCACCGUCGCCGUCAACAGGAACUCCGCCACGGGCGUCGCCGGCACGUGGGGCUAUAUCGCGCCGGAGUACGCCAUAUGCGGCAAGGCGACGCGGCAGACGGACAUCUAUGCGCUCGGGGUGCUCAUCCUCGAGCUCGUCACGGGGAAGCGGGCGCUGGAUGAUGAUCAUGUGGUGAACAGCGACGACAUGCACAUCACCGACUGGGUAUGGAGGCUCCACCGCGAGGGGAGGCUAUCGGAGUGCGUGGACGCGGCCGUGCUCGCUGCAGCUUCCGAGGACGAGGAGGAGCAGAUGGGCGCCGGCGAAGAUGCCGCACGGUUGCUGCUCCUGGGCUUGGCGUGCAGCAACCCGAACCCGUCAGACCGUCCGACCAUGCCCGACGUGGUGCAGGUCAUCGUCAAGUCAGUGCCGCCGCCGGAGGUGCCUCGUCAAAAGCCAAGCUUCGUGUGGCCUCCGCCGGGAGGGUGGGCCUCCGACGAUGAUAGCACAUGCUCAUCGAUGAUGAGCGACGUCGACAGGAGUAGAGACGAGCAGCAGGUCAGCUUGGGGCAGCCGAUGCAACAGGGACGCACCACCGGACGGUAUGCGUCGUUUCAAAUACAGGGUGCACAGGAGCGCGUCACUGGAAGACAUGCCUCGUUUCAACUACAACACUCUGUCUAGAUCAAAGACAACAAUGCUAUUAUCUCUGAGGAGAAGCCAAGUAUGUAGUAUAUGGCUAAUCAUAUGGUACGUCGACGGUCAGCUAAUUAACCGGUGGAGAGCUAUUCUGGUUCUGGUGAAGUUGCUUUUGUCAAGCAUAUGUAUGAUCAACUGCGUUGUGUGCAGCUGCAGUUCCAAAGAAAAAUUGGGACGGGGUGCUAUUUUUUUUGUUGAACACAAAUAGAGGUCUCCCGUCCAACUAUAAUCGGCACAAACUAUUCUUCCGGUUCCGGGGUCGUGACCA